ACUAUUUCGACCAUCAAAAAAAGAAAUGUCGAACCGGGACCCGGACAAUUUGAUGGCGACAAACGACGAGAAUUUCGACUACUUGUUCAAGAUCGUGCUUAUCGGAGAUUGUGGUACAGGAAAGACCUGUGUUGUUCAAAGAUUUCGAUCUGGUACAUUUAUCGAAAGACAUGGAAAUACAAUUGGUGUAGAUUUUUCUAUGAAAACUGUAUUAAUUGAUGACAAAAAGAUUAAGUUACAAAUAUGGGAUACAGCUGGUCAAGAAAGAUUUCGUACAAUAACACAGAGUUAUUACAGAUCAGCUAACGGUGUUAUUGUUGUUUAUGAUAUUACAAAGAGAUCUACAUUCUUAAGUUUACAACAUUGGGUUGAAGAAGUACGAAAAUACACUUCAUCGCAUGUUUUGUUAGUUUUAGUUGGUAAUAAAUGUGAUCUACAAGAUUUAAGAGAAGUUGAAAAAGAAGAAGCAGAAGCUCUUUGUCAAUAUCUUCCUGAAGUGUUACAAGUAGUAGAAACAUCAGCCAAAGAAAAUACCAAUAUAGAUUCUAUAUUUUUUUACCUGGCAUCAGAGCUCAAAAGGCGACACGAAAAUCGCCAAAUUAAUGCUAAUCAGGAUGAAGUUGUUAGACUUGGCGCAGGACGAAAAUUGUCUUCCUGCUCAAACUGUUCAUAUAAAAUAUUUUAAUUGGCGAGGGAAAGGGUAAACAAAUAGUAUACAUAUCUUGUUCAAAUUGAAAUUUUUAUACAAAACGAAGAAACAGUGUCUUAUAUUUUUAUGAUUCAAAUCAUGUGAUAUUAAGACAAAAUUAAAUCACUAUAUUGUUGAUACUCAUGGUAUUGAGCCAGUAUUUUCUAUCACUGUCCAAUUAAUAUUAAAAUAAGAGUUUACUACUCGCUUUAUAUUAAUUAGAAAACUUGCAAUUGUAUUUACAAUUUUAUCAGAGACUUACGACUGGUAGUCAAGUUUUGUAAUUUAUACAGUUGUAAAUAUAAACUCUUAAUCUUUAUGUAUUUCGUGACAAUUAUGUACUUCAGCGGUUCAGAAACGUAGUAGUUGCGAAUGCUCAUAUUUAUUUAUAAUGAAGAGAA